GACUACGCGUCACAUCAAUAUGGUGGACACAUCAUUCACUCUCAAACGAGCCAGUCGUUUGUGACGAGAAGGGCUAUCAAGAGAUGGAUACUCAGUGUGCAUUCUCAUCCAGCGGAUAAGAUUCUGAGCCAUAGUUUAGAGCCUGGUGAAUGUUGGUGGAUGGCAGGAUCCAUCGGCCAUGUGACGAUCAAGCUAGCAAGGCCUGUGAGGGUGGAUAGCCUUUCUAUUGGACAUCCUUCACCCUCGCAAGUACUCCAUAAAGAAAGUAUACCGAAACAAAUGGAGCUGUACGGCAUCGAACGCAGCAGCGGCAAACGCAUCUUUUAACGAGUUUCGAAUAUGACAUCGAGAGCUAUCGCCAUCUCCAAAGGUUUGACUUUAACAAUGAAAUGAUUUUUCACGCUGUUGAACUGAGGAUACUCUCGAAUUAUGGCAGUAGUCAGUACACAGAGCUUUAUAGUGUUCGCAUUCAUGGAAAACAAUAACCAUCCUCCUCUGCAUAUAUCAUUUCUAUUAUUAUUCUUG